CUUAGCCCAGAGAGAGAAGCCCGGGAGGCUCCGCCAGCUGCGGUUGAGCCGCGCGGGAGAACGAGCACUUUGCCGGGACUCCAGGGGAAGAAUGCAGACGAUCAAAUGUGUGGUGGUAGGAGAUGGGGCUGUAGGUAAGACAUGCCUCCUCAUCAGUUACACAACAAAUGCCUUUCCUGAGGAGUAUAUCCCCACUGUCUUUGAUAACUACAGUGCCCAGACAUCUGUGGAUGGCCAGAUCGUCAGUCUGAACCUGUGGGACACAGCUGGCCAAGAGGAGUAUGACCGACUGCGUACGCUCUCCUACCCCCAGACCAAUAUCUUUGUCAUUUGUUUUUCCAUUGGCAACCCAUCCUCUUAUGCCAAUGUGAGGCAUAAGUGGCACCCAGAAGUCUCCCAUCAUUGCCCUAAUGUACCUGUUCUGCUGGUCGGCACCAAGAGAGAUCUUCGGAGUGACCUUGAGACAGUGAAGAAGUUGAAGGAACAGAGCCUAGUGCCCACAACUCCUCAGCAAGGCACCUCCCUGGCCAAGCAGGUGGGGGCUGUGAAGUACCUGGAAUGUUCUGCCCUUUUGCAGGAUGGGGUACAUGAGGUAUUUUUGGAAGCUGUCCGGGCUGUGCUUUACCCUGCCACAAAGAAGAACACCAAGAAGUGUGUCCUCUUAUAGUUUUCGAGGUGCUACUUGGGGACUGCACCUAAGGAGAAUAAGUGACAAUUUCUUUGAUAGCAUUUAACAACACCAACGUGAGCCAUUCAUUUUUUCUUCUGGAAAUCCUUGACUUAAGGUUAUUUGGCUUUUGGAGGAAUGAAGACAGGCUAGUUUGUAUGUGGCUACUCUGAAGUUUGGUCUGAACCUUUUGGAGAAAGUUUGAGGGUGUGUGUGUGUGUGCGCGCACGCACGCAAGUGCCUCUCAUGUUGAGGCAGUAAGAGGAGAUACCACCAAGAGCUGUUCUUUUCUGUCCUGGCUAGGCCAUGACUAAGCAGUGCAGCCUAGUACUGUUCUUUGUUGGCUUUUGCUUGUCUGUUUGUAAAUCUGAUUUCAGCUUUUCUGGUCAUAUUUACCAGUGAGCAAGUGCUUCACAGAAAGACAAGUUUCUCCAGUUUUCAAAAAUUGUCUUAAACUUUGUGAUACACUGUUUUUUGGAAGCCAUUUUAUGUGUGAUUUCUGGGUGUUCCAAAUGUUGACAGUUCUUCCCAUUCUUGAGGUGAGACAUUUCCCUCAAAAUAGUUAAGCAGUAUUUCCUAAAGUUCUGUGAUAUGGUCAUGUUCCUUGAAAAGAACCGGUGAUUUAAAUAACAUAGAACAGGUUCCUCUACUGCAGGAAUUUACAAUUUUUUAUAAGCAGUGUUUCCCAUGUUUAUUUCAUUGACUGUUCCCAUGUGACACCUACUAACAUCCCUGGGAAUAGUUUCAGAAUGCUAGGUUAGCAGGAACCAGGAAUUCCCAUGGAGGAACCUAUGCAGGAAAAAAAGUUCAUGCGGUCCCAUUCUUUCUUAUGUUUCCCUCUUCAUGCCUUUGAGACAAAUAUUGAUCAGUCAUACAUUUGUUACCAGUUCCUCAGCUUUGGGAGUGGGGUUGGUACUUAGUUAUGAUGGGGCACUGGAUGUGUCAUCUGAUGUCAGAUCUGCUAUUAGGUUCUGAUAGCACUAUGGGCCCAGUGAUGUGGAAAUAGCAAUCCCUUCAAAAAGCUGUGUCUCUGAGAUUUCUGUGGGGCCCUUUUUUUCUCUUUGCCUCCUGUUUUAGGGAAAGACCACUCAAGUUUAACCCCUUAAAUAAAACAAACAAUAUGUCGUUCUUGUCAUUGUCGUGGAAUGCUGUGAUUCCUUCUGAGACUUCCCUUCUGGUUUCAUUCCUGAGUCACCCUCUAAAGGCUAUCUUGCUCUCUUCGUGCCCCUCCCUCCCCUGUGUGGCUUUUGUGUGUGUGUGUGUGUUCAGCCCUGUGUAUCUUUUACUUGCUCCAAGAGAGUAUUUUGGAUCCCUAUCUCCAGACCCUAGGACUGUUUACUUUGUAGGGAUUUUGCUGGGGUGGCUCAGCCUACUCGCUCAGUAAGAGUCAGAUUCCAUAUGCCAGUGGCCUGCUUCUCCUUAUUCUCCCUAAUUGUAUUUUUGACCUUCAUUUGAUAUGGAAGGAAAACUUGCUUCUCUGCCUGGCAGAUAGUGGUUGGCAGCUCCACCAUGCACAUGCCCUCACCUUGCCAAAAUAGCAUUGAGUUUUUGAGAGAUUGGGAAAUGGAGCCAAAAGGAUCAAAUAACUGCCCCCGCCCCCCCAGCCGUGGUGCAGAAGUGUCUGUGGUAGCCUCCUGUUGCUCUUCGACGUGCUAGGAUGAGAGUGGCCUUGGGUUAACUGAACUUCCUGGAUAGGGUUGCCACAUAUAAUAGUCAUCUCUUACAAAUAACUUUUUUAGUAGAAGUGUGUACAAUGCAAUAUUUGGGACACACUUCCACUGAAAAUUAUUUGCUGUUUAUCUAAAAUUCAUCUUACAUUUUCAUCUGGUAAAUCUGGCAACCCUUAUCUGGAAAAAGUGAAACCUGGAGGUCAAGCAGGUAUCAUGUAUGGUAUCAGUAUCAAGAAGGGGAAUGUUAAGGAAACUUUCCCUCCAUUCCUUCCCUUUUCUCUCAGCAUAGAUUAAGGUGGGUUUUUUUGGUUUUGUUUUGUUUUUCCUUCAUCAUUGCACCUUCUACUUCAAUAUAAUACUUCUUGGUGUGUAUUUCUACCCCAUUGAUUUUCUAGCACUGUGGAGGGCCCUGGAUUGUUUAAUACUUGCCUUUUAUCUCAAUUUCAAUAUGUUGUACUGUAUUUUUCCAGUGUAUAACCCAGGGCCUCCUGUGUGUGUGUGUGUUUGGGGUGGUGGGGUGGAGUGGCAGGGAUUCUGUAUGCACAAGUGUGUUAACUGGAAGAGGGUCAUGGUGGUUGUAGGGUCAGGAAUGACCACUGAGCAGGUUUUCUAUGAUCCAGCAGACCAGGUAAAGGAGGAGUCCGAGUUCUCAGUGGUUUUUGCAGGUUUUUAUUGGGAUUACCAGGUACAUGGCAGGCAGGGGUGCUGGGGGGCCGGGAAGCUGGCAGGCCUGCCAGCCCCCAGCAAGUCUUCACUCUAUCUGGGCUCUCCGGCCUUCUCUGCUUCUCUCUCGGCUUCUCUUUCGGCUUCUUUUCGGCUUCUGCUGGCGUCCCCUGACACCGCCCUUAAAAGCCCAGUCUUAGCCCAGGUGAAUCCCAUCUAUGUAUGCCCACACCCUACUCUAGGUGCCCGCCAUCAGGCAUGCAUUCAGGACCUCAGGGAUCCGUCAUCUAUCCUGAUGGCGGGAGGGCAGAAAAGCCUGACAUUUUUCCUAACCCUACAGUGGUCCUCUUCAACUAAGGCCCAGUAGCACUUUGGGAAGUUGAACUGCUGUUAAUAGUAGUGUGGUGACCACAGGAAUCAAUUGGCCUGUGAGCAUGUGUGCCCACUGCCCUUGUAGAGAGUCACUGAGUUUUUCCACAGGCAGCCAAAUGAACACUUACCAUUCAAGGGUGUUAUUUAGUCUCAGGAUGUUUGGUUGAUGCCACCUGGGAUGCUAUAGGACUUACUGGUUGAGAGGGAUUAGAAACAUGGCUGUCACCUGUGUCUCUGGGAACGUUUUUAAGCUACUGAAAUCUUUUUAAUUGGCUUUUAUUUUUUUCUUAAAUAAUAAAUUUUAUUUUUAUAUUCCCCAUACAAUUGCAGCCCCCCCAUUCUGACCCCAAUCCCUCCCCUCCCGCCCCCCUAAAAAUGUCUCUGGUUCAUAGUUUUUUGUUGAUUUUGAUUUUCACUUUCUUAUAGUUAUUCAUUUUCCUGGUCCCUUAUUUAAGUUUUCUAGAUU